AUGGGGAAGACUUAUUUUAUUGCUGGGGGGACUCGCGGAAUAGGAUUGGCUCUAGUGAAAGAGUUAAGCGAACAGAGCGAAGGAAAUUUGGUUUUCACAUCAGCCAGAAAUCCAGAUCAGGCCAGUGAGCUUUCAGAAUGGACUGAGAGCCAUAAAAAUGUUCAGGUGGUUUCUCUAGAUGUUACCGAUGCUGCAAGCGUCAAAGCAAGCGCUACAAGAGUUCGGACUCUGGCACCAGGUGGAAUUGACGUUUUGGUGGUGAAUGCUGGUGUUGGGAGUAGUUCAGCUCUUUUGCAAACUUCCGAUUCAGAGUAUCACAGAGUUUUUGACACUAAUACCCUAGGGCCUAUCAGAGUCAUUGAAGCAUUUCUGCCUCUUUUGAGAGAAGGAGAAACAAGGCAUAUUGCAGUCAUAUCUUCAAUUGCCGGGUCUAUUCAAAUCUGCUUUCCCGAAGUAACACCGGCUUAUGCAAUUUCGAAGUUGGCAGUUAAUUUCUACGUCAGAAAUCUGAGCACUACACUCAAAAAUGAGGGCUUCUCGGUUCUUGCAAUUCACCCCGGUGUUGUUGGUACAGACCUGUUUUUCGAUACUGUGAACGCGAUGGGUCCAGAAAUUGCAAAAGCCAUACAGGAAAAGUAUCCUCCCAUAACCCCUAAAGCCUCCGCCUCGCAAAUCAUCGAAAACAUCUUAGCCAAGCAAGGCCCUACUUUUACUGAUCGCUUUGUUAGCUAUGAUGGAUCAGAAAUUCCAUGGUAG